GCAGCCGCCCCCUCCGCCUCCGCCCGACUGAGCUGCCUCCAGCGGGAGGAGGACGAGGGGCGGGCCGAGGGAGGGGAGAAGCGAGAGGAGGAGGAGCAGGGAAGGAGCAGAGGCGUCGGGCGCUUGAUGGGCGGACCCUCCGCCCCGCACCUGCCCGCAGGCCCCACGCCGCCGCCCCUGUAGCCCCGCCCGGGAGGAGGGACUGAGCGCAGGUUGGCCACUAAGAAUCAUGUUGCAUGAAGCGAGGGGCAGGCAGAAGUUCGUCAGCGAUGUCCAGUACCUGCAGGACAUACAGCACAAAGUGGACUCUGAAUACCAGGCUUGUCUCAGACGACAGGGAUUCAAGAGAAACACAAAUGAGAAGGAACAAGAGCAGCUGGGGGGACAGGCAACCAGUCUAGAAAGAUCCCGGUAUUCAAGUGGCACAUCUUCCAAACAGAGCUCUCAUGAGGAAGACCUUCUAGUCGAACCCAGAUCAUCUACCGAGAAUCCUACGUGUAAGAGAAACUCCAGACUUCCAGCCAUCAACCAGAAGUCAGUCAAGCAGAAAGACAAAAGCACCAUGACGGCCAGGAGUGCAGAGAAAGCAGCCCCCAGCAAUGCCCCUCCAGCAGCCCAGGCCACACAGAGUUUAUCAAGGAAGAGAAGGCCACACCUGGGGCGAAUGACAGUCAUCCCAGAAAUGCAGAGCCCCAGGGCAUCCAGGGACGGAAGCAGACAGAAACUGCAGCUACCAGUGAAGGUGCCGGUCCUCAGGGGCGCAGAUUCAGUAGCUCAACAGGAAGGCCCAAAGCGGACCAGCGACACUAAACCCAAGAGACUGACUCGAGAGAGAAGGAACGUACUUCCAUUCUCCCAGAAAAUGAAGACGAAAAUCAAAAUCACCCCCGAGAGAAGCAGAGGAGCGCCCCCCCCAGGCCCGCCCCCGUGCUGCCAAGGGACAGGCUGCCCCCAGAGGCCGGGCGGGUCCCCGGGCACGACGGGCACGACGGAGCCGAGGAAGGUGCCGUUUGGGUUCCGGGAUGAGGACUUCUACUCCGUGUUGUCACUGAACGCGGGGGCAGCCGCCGACGACGACGACACGGAGGAGGAGACGCGCCUGGAGGAAGAGCGGCUGCUGGUGGGCAUGCGCCCGGCCCGCUGUCCCUUGAGCCAGACCUGCAGGCUCCUCGGGGCCCCGGCCACUCUGGCCAAAAGAAAAGCCUGCGAGGACAGUCCUGCCAACCGCGGGGCAGGCGCUCCCUGGAGCGCAUCCUGUCCGCACUCGGCGAAGGCCAGCAGGGCCGCCGAGCCUCCCGGCAGGCAGAAGACACCCCGAGGCCCCGAGCCACCCCGCCGGGGCCCUGCCGCAGACAAGGACAGUGUCGACGGGGAAAGUGACAGGUCGGACGCCAGUGUAGACGAGGACAUCAAUGCUGAAGACGGGUCGAGUGGCGGCUACACUCCCAUGGAAGACAGGCCCGGCGCCCGUGACCACCAGAGGGACUGGCGGGCCUACCUGAGUAGCUCCAGCCGCUCUCUGGACUACUUCCUGUCGGCCAGGCCCGCAGCCCCACGGGCAGCAACGCACGCGUCCUACAACGCCCACGGGCCGGUGGUCUUCCCUCCUCUGAGUGAUGAGGUCCCGGUAGACCCGUCCCCCUCCUCUGCGUCAACUUACAGCUCGGACUCAGAGGGGAGCCUGAGGCUUAACAUUCGCCAGCCGCUGUCCCCCAUCCGAAGCAGGGGUCUGGCCGCCUGUACAGAGCAGCACAGUUGUUCCCAAGCAAACGAUGCUCAUGAAGCUGAUGUCAGGAGAGGAGACAGCGGCGCAGCCAGCCAGUCUCCAGCGGCUCCAUCGUACACACACAGGCUUUUGCUGGAUCCUGAAAACAGCCUGUCUUCUGGGCCCUCUCUCCCAACAGUGAACUUACAAGGCCACUUGCACAUGUCUGGGUCCCUGCAAGAAAAUAUACCUUCUUUUACCUUCUUUGCAGUGUCUGACUUCCCAGGUCAAAAUAGUGGCAGCAGAGUGUCCAUUUCUGCUUUCAUAGAUGAAAAGGAAGCCACUAAGAGAAAGGCAGACCCGGAGAAACUCAAGAAGCUGCAGGAAAGUCUCCUGGAGGAGGACUCAGAGGAGGAGGAGAACCUGUGUCGAAUCUGUCAGAUAGCCGGGGGCUCCCCAGCCAACCCCCUCCUGGAGCCUUGUGGCUGUGUGGGGAGCCUGCAGUUCGUUCACCAAGAGUGUCUGAAAAAGUGGCUGAAAGUGAAAAUAACAUCAGGGGCAGACCUCAGCGCUGUGAAGACCUGUGAGAUGUGCAAGAAAGGCCUGCUGGUCAACUUGAAGGACUUCAACCUGACUGAGUUCUACCAGAAGCACCAGCAGUCCCGGGCACAAAACGAGCUGGUGAAUUCAGGGCUGUACCUGGUGCUGCUGCUUCACCUCUAUGAGCAACGGUUUGCAGAACUCAUGCGGCUCAACAACCACCGGGUUGCCAGAGUGAGGCUGUCAAGAAAUCACCCACAACCCAGGCCGGAAGACAAUGAGAAUUCCGAGCUGGGAGAGGAGAAUUAAAGGCUGCGGGAGCUUGGUGGAGAGACCUCUCCCUGCACUCACCCUUCCUGUGUCCCCAAGCGUCCUUCCCUCCUCUUUACUGAAACUGAAGCCAGUGUGUUCACAGUCCCACUGUCAACUUGUGCUGCCCUCCUCUUGGGUCCGGCUUGAGCACUGAGGGCUGGUGACGGCCUUGCCUGCCAGGCUGCUCUGUGCCGCCUCUCAGCCCAGAGCCCAAGGAGAUGGCAGCCCUGCUGGCCCGACCCGUGGCCCCUUGUGCCGGGCGCCCACUGGGGCCUCACGCCACCAUGUAGACUCGUGUCUUACGUUCAGUAAAUUGACUUUACUCACCCA